GUUAAAAAAGCUAUUCCAAAGAGCAGCUCUAGCUGAAACUGUGAUUUUGUUCACUUGAAUAUUAAUCUGGAUACAGAUCAUGUCUCGUUUAAGGAACCCAGCACCAGAGCACUAUUAUGAGGAAUACCUAUACAAAAAAGAUGUAAACGAUAAGGUCUACAAGAAGCUUUGGGUUGGACUCCUUGGAAACUCUCUUCGCUUUUACUCUAACCACAAGGAUCUGAGGUGUGUGGACUGCAUCUCUCUGGAGAAUUUUGUGUCAACUGAAGUGCCUUCAAUCCAAACUAAAGCCAAAUCUUCAUCAGAAUUUCUUUUUUCCCUGAGUCUGAAAGACAAGGAAAUACAUUUCAAGACACAAUCCCAGGAGAGUCGAGAGAUGUGGAGAGCUUAUAUAAUCACAAUGGCAGAGUUGAGUAUACCACCAGGCCUUACUCUACUCCCAGGACCUAUGCUUGCACUAAAGGAGGCUCUGGAGAAAGAGAAGGAGAGACAAAUGCAGUUAGAAGACACGGAAAUCCCCAGCUGUUUUUAUCAUGUGUCACGAAUGGAAGCUGAGACUUUGUUGAAAGAAAAUCCAGACUGUGGAAAUAUCUUGUUACGUCCUGGAGGAAACCAACAGAGCAUAUCUGUAACUACUUGCCAACAGAAUCACAGAAGCUUUGUCCUCAAGCAUUACAAGGUCAAUCAGGAGCAGAAUGGCUAUGUAAUCCAGUUGGAGCCACCGGUUAUCUGUCGCACACUCGCCCACGUUGUCAAUCACUUUGUAAAGAGUACUAACAACUGCCUGAUUCCUUUUGAGAAACACAACGACUAUGAGAACAGAAUUGAAGUUAUUUACGUAAAUGAAGAAGAUGGAGAAGUUACAGUAAGAUAUCCACAGGACAAACCAGUUGCAGUUCCCAUCACGAGCUGCAAUGGUCCUCCCGUCUUACCCCGGGAUCGUCCACUCCCUGAACAACCCAAAAAAACAAAUGAAAGGCAGUCAGCUUUGAAAAUGCCAACAGGAGGUGUUAUCAGAGCAAAUGAAGAAGAUGGAGAAGUUACAGUCAGAUACCCACAGGACAAACCAGUUGCAGUUCCCAUCCCAAGCUGCAUUGGUCCUCCCCUCUUACCGAGGGAUCGUCCACUCCAUGAUCAACGCAAGAAAACAAAUGAAAGGCUGUCAGCUUUGAACAUGCCAACAGGAGGUCUGGAUGAAGAGCUAAAGUUGAAGCUGCAGAUUAGAAGGGCUAUGGUCGAAUGACCACCACAAAGACUUUUGGCAGACUGAAGGUGUUGUUAAAUAAAUGAACGGACAUUCAAUCCUAACUGAAUCUGCAGAUGAAGCUACAUCAGGCCUGUUUUAUUGGUUGAUUCUCCCUCCCAAAAAAUCAGAUGUUUAUUCAAUUUCCUAAAACAUCUAAUUUUUGUCUCAA